GCGAAGUUUGGUUUGCUGAGAGCUCGUGGGUUUCUCGUGAUUUUCCAUCUUUGAGCUUAAAAGGUUUAAAUACGUUUUAACUCAUUUCACCUUAAAAUUCAGGGUUUAAAUUCUUGAUUCCUGCCGUUACUUGCAGGGUUUGGAUAUUGAUUUCAAUUUCAGUCUUGUUAGAGUUGGAUAAGUUUUUUCAAUGGAGUCUGAAACGGCGGCGGCGAAGUUUAGUCUGUGGAAGCAUUCGUCGAUGGCGCCGGUGAGGGACUACGAGGAGCUUGAUGAUGCGGAGGAGCACGAGGAGAGUGAUGCGAUUGACAUUGAUCCCGGGUUUAAGCUGAUGUAUUUGGUGAAUGGGGGUGAUUUGGAUGGCAUCAGGGAGCUGUUGGGGUCUGGCGUGGAUGUUAAUUUCCGGGAUAUUGAUCACCGGACUGCGCUUCACGUUGCUGCUUGCCAGGGGUAUGGUGAUGUUGCUUGGCUGCUGCUUGAGAACGGGGCGAAGGUGGAUUCUUGUGAUCGGUGGGGGAGCACGCCGCUUGCAGACGCCAUACAUUAUAAAAACAGCAGCAUAAUCAAACUAUUGGAGAAGUACGGUGUGAAGGAUCUUAUGGCUCCUAUGCACGUUGAAAAUGCCCGUGAGGUCCCCGAGUAUGAGAUCAAUUCCAAUGAACUUGAUUUCACCGGUAGUAUUGAAAUAACAAAGGGAACGUAUCGGAUAGCUUUGUGGCGUGGAACCAAGGUUGCUGUGAAAACUUUUGGGGAAGGAAUUGCUAUUGAGGACAAAGUCAAAGCUUUUAGGGACGAGCUUGCGUUGCUUCAGAAAAUCAGACACCCGAACGUUGUGCAGUUUCUUGGCGCUGUCACACAGAGCAGUCCAAUGAUGAUUGUGACCGAAUACUUACCUAAGGGCGACCUCCACGAAUAUUUGAAGAGGAAAGGUCCGCUAAAACCUGCAACAGCUCUCAGAUUCGCUAUGGAUAUUGCCAGGGGAAUGAACUAUCUACACGAAAUUAAAUCCGAAGCGAUUGUUCAUCGUGACCUUGAGCCUUCGAACAUCUUGCUGGACGACUCCGGUCACCUUAAGGUCGCAGACUUUGGAGUUAGCAAGCUUCUUAAAGUCGCCAACAGAAUCAAAGAAGACGCGCCUCUUGCUUGUCACGACAGUUCUUAUCGUUAUGUAGCACCAGAGGUCUUCAGAAACGAAGAGUAUGACACGAAAGUAGACGUCUUCUCGUUUGCAUUAAUUCUACAGGAGAUGAUUGAAGGAUACGCACCAUUCUAUUCGAAGGAAGACCACGAAGUUCCCAAAUAUUAUUGCGAAAAGGAGCGCCCUCCUUUCAAAGCCUCGUCGAAGUUCUAUGGCCACGGACUAAAACAUUUGAUUGAGGAAUGUUGGAGCGGAAAUCCAGGUAAUAGGCCGACGUUUAAGCAAAUCAUUCCCCGACUUGAUGCCAUCUACAACCGAUUUGGCCACAGGAGGCGUUGGAAGGUGAUGAGGCCAUUGAAGUGCUUCCACAGCUCAGAUUGGAUGAGAGACGAGUCGAGCCAUACACAUUCGUCUCGCUCCUCGUGAAACUGCAGGUGAAGAGGCCAUUGCUGUGUUGUUGAAUUUGCUGCUUGAAGAAAAGCUCAUGUUAUUGUUGCUUAUGUGAUUACUGAUUAGUGAUUGUGAAUUUAUGAUCUGUUAGUGUAAGAACUCUCAUGCAAUAGAGAAAGGAGAUAGGAAGCCUUAAUCUGUCAUUUAAUGUGAUUCUUUUGAAAUAUACAUUCACAUGACAAGGAAUAAUUUUGUUAAUUAAAGAUGAUAAUUAAUUUUGGCUA